CGCUGCAACGCGUUCCCUUCCUCGCGAACACGAUCCUCCAACAACCUUCUCCAAGUCGAAGACUCCCUGAACAAACUUGUUAGUUGUUAGGACAUUUUUGCGCGUUUUUACGUCCAAAUUUUAACAAGAACCUUAGGUGUUAGCUUUGCUUCGAGUAGGUCUUUUUACAGGAAAUUUCUCGACCGUGAACGAUACACAGUUAGCGAUUCUCGGCAUUCAGGACGAUUAUUUAAGAGUUCUUCCUUGUAUACACAAAUACUAGCAUCAUGAAUCAAAUGCCAGGCAUGGAAAACGCCGUAAUGGUACGGGACGACCAGGGAAACCCGUUUAUCCUCGUUCGUGACCAAGACAAGAAAAAACGUCUUCAUGGAAUUGAUGCUGUUAAGAGUCACAUUCUGGCUACGAAGACUGUUGCUAACAUUGUCCGCUCGUCACUUGGUCCCCGUGGUCUCGACAAAAUCCUAAUCUCGCCCGACGGAGAUAUUACAAUCACAAAUGACGGUGCUACGAUUCUUGAUCAAAUGGAAGUCGAACAUCAAAUUGCCAAGCUUCUUGUCCAACUGUCAAAAUCACAGGACGACGAAAUUGGAGAUGGCACUACUGGUGUCGUCGUUUUGGCCGGUGCUCUGCUUCAGCAGGCUGAAGCUCUUAUUGACAAGGGUAUUCAUCCUAUCCGUAUCGCCGACGGCUAUGAAAAAGCAUGCCAAUUGGCUGUUCAACACCUUGACAAAAUCGCCGAUGAGGUUACGUUCUCCGAAGGAAACACGGAGAACUUGCUUCGUGCUGCGAAAACGAGUUUGGGCAGCAAAGUCGUCUCCAAGGCCCAUGACCAUUUUGCCCAAAUUGCCGUUGAUGCUGUCCUUUCUGUGGCAGAUUUCAAGCGUAAAGAUGUUGACUUUGAGCUGAUCAAGGUUGAUGGAAAGGUUGGUGGCUCUGUUGAUGAUACUGUGCUCGUGAAGGGUGUCAUUAUCGACAAAGACAUGUCUCAUCCCCAGAUGCCUCGUGAAGUGAAGGAUGCGAAGAUUGCUAUUUUGACAUGUCCCUUCGAGCCCCCAAAGCCUAAGACGAAACACAAGCUUGAUAUCAAGAGUGUUAAGGAGUUUGAGCGCCUUCAAGCUUAUGAAAAGGAAAAGUUUGAGGAGAUGAUAAAAUACGUGAAAGAUGCCGGGGCUAAUCUUGUGCUCUGCCAAUGGGGUUUUGACGACGAAGCCAACCAUCUGUUACUUCAGAACGAGCUUCCCGCUGUUCGUUGGGUCGGUGGUCCAGAGAUUGAACUGGUGGCCAUUGCUACGAACGGUAGAAUUGUUCCUCGUUUUGAGGACCUUGCUCCUGAGAAGCUCGGUAAGGCCGGCAUCGUUCGGGAGCUGUCAUUUGGUACAACCCGUGAUCGCAUGUUGGUCAUUGAAGAUUGCGCAAACUCGCAUGCCGUUACUGUCUUCGUUCGCGGUAGCAACAAAAUGAUUAUUGAUGAAGCUAAGCGCGCCCUACACGACGCUCUGUGUGUUGUGCGCAACCUUAUUCGCGACAGCCGUGUUGUUUACGGUGGUGGUGCCGCUGAAAUUGCAUGCUCUCUGGCCGUCUCUGAUGCUGCUGAAAAGGUUCCCGGUAUUGACCAAUACGCCAUGAAAGCCUUUGCUGAUGCCCUUGACACAAUUCCUCUUACUCUCGCAGAAAACAGUGGUUUGGAGGCCAUUGAGACUUUGACUGCCGUCAAGGCCAAACAGGUGAAGCUCCAAAACUCGCACCUUGGUAUCGACUGUGUUCAAAGUGGUCAAGACGAUAUGAAGGAACAGUUUGUCAUUGACCCUCUCAUUGGAAAGAAGCAACAGCUGUUGCUUGCUACUCAGUUGUGCCGUAUGGUGCUCAAGGUUAACGAUAUUAUCGUUGCUGGUGCUAAAGAUGAUGAGUACAACUAGAAAAAUGCUGUUAUACUUAUAGAAAAUUGUCGUGACCGAGCAAAUGAGUAAAAUAAUGUGAUUGACAUGCAGUCCUUCUACAGCUUCUGUGAAUCCUAUCCUCUUAUCCCUCUAUCCUACCAUCCUACGCUACCAUUUA